AUGAGUGGCGUCUCGAGGCGGCGUUUCGCGGCGGCUACGGCCGCGAUAUCGGUUUCUGUUGUGACGCUCCUGUUUCUGCUCACCGUCGGUUUUUAUGGGCAGCGAGUAGAUGCUGAAAGGGAGAUCGGACUCGGAUCCGAGCAACACGGCUCCGGCUCCGGCUCCGGCUCCAACCGCAAGCUCCUCCAAGUCGACGAAGGUACAUCGUCGUCGUCGUCGUCGACUGACCGGGUGGGCGACGGGUGCAGCAAGGACGACAUCGUGGUGCACCAGGGGGCGACGCCGCCGCUGCCCAGCGGGAUCCCGACGUACACCGUGGUGGUGCUGAACCUGUGCCCCUCGCGUGGCGGCUGCGCCAUGGCCCACAUCCACCUCACCUGCGGCGCCUUCAGCUCCGCUCGUCUCGUCAACCCCCGCAUCUUCCGCCGCCUCCGCGUCAACGACUGCCUCCUCAACGAUGGCCGCCCCCUUCCCUCGGGCUCCUCCAUCUCGUUUCAGUACGCCAACUCCUUCUCCUACCCCCUCGCCGUCUCCAACGCCUCCUGCAUCCGCUCCUCCUAA